AUGGAAGCACUACGAGUAAUCGGAAGCCUAAUGGUACCAGUACUAGCCCUCGGAAUGUUCGGUAAUUUAAAUUUGAUUUAUGCCACAAAGAAAUUCAAGGAAUUGCAAACUCGCAACGGAAUACUGGUCGCAAUUACGGCAUCAUUCAAUUUUGCAACUCUUGCUGUUGCUUUCAUCUACACGACGCCAUUCGCCGUAAUUGGUUACGUUUCUGCUGACGACAAUCGUAAACUCACCGAAUUUAAAUAUUGCAGGACCUGUUAUGACUAUAACUACUAA